AUGGGCGAUUGGCUAUCCGAAAUGACCAUGACCGUACAUGGUAGCGGCAAAGUUAAGCAGAAGCCUACGAAGCACGCCAAUGGCACGACGAGCCUCGAAGACCGGAAGAAGAACGCCAUGUACGCCGAUACCUUCAUCCAAUGCCUCGAGCCAGCGAUAGCGAAUCUGGUCAAGAACAAGACGAAGCUCGCGGUGAAUGCUGGUGCUUCAGAUACUGAACUUCUCGCUGAAGUUGUAGUCGAUAUGUUGGAGAAAGCGGGUGCUGGUCACCUCAAAGUGGCAUGGAUAGAAGGAGACGAUGUGACUGGGCAGGUCAACAGUCUUAUCAAAAAGGGAGAAAAGUUCGAAAGCUUAAUGCAUGGCAAGAAGCUGGAGGAAUGGGGAAUGCAGCCAAUCUGCGCACAAGCGUAUUUGGGUGGACUUUGCAUCGCGGAAGCUUUCCGACAGGGCGCUGAUAUUGUGCUUGGUGGAAGGCUUGCAGAUGCUGCGCCAGUCAUUGGUGCGGCGGCCUGGUGGCACGACUGGAAGAACGAUCAAUUUGACGAACUUGCCGGAGCACUCAUUGCAGGCCAUCUUGUAGAGUGUUCUGCCUACGUUACGGGGGGAUACUACUCUAUGUUCAAAGAUCUCAUGAAGACUGGAAAGCACAUCAACAUGGGCUUUCCCAUCGCGGAAGUCGAAUAUGAUGGUAGCUUCAAUAUUGCGAAAGAGAAAGAUACCGGAGGUUGCGUGACCGUCGGAACAUGCACUUCACAACUAUUGUACGAGAUUCAGGGACCACUAUACUACAAUUGUGACGUCACGGCCGAUAUCACCGAUGUCAAGAUGGAGCAAGUGGGUGAAGAUCUCGUGCGUGUCACGGGAGUCAAGGGUCUUCCCCCGCCACCGACGACCAAGGUAGGUAUUACUGCUCCAGCUGGGUGGCAAUGCGAAUGGCAUAUGUUUGUAUGCGGUCUCGAUAUCGAGGAGAAGUGCAAGAUCACCGAAGACCAGAUCCGCUACGCCAUGGGCGACAACGUAAACCGCUUCAAGACACUCAGAUUCCACCAAAACGGCUCUUCACCAAUCGAUGCCCGCAACCAGGACGUAGCAACAGUCGACUUCCGCAUCUUCGCUCAAACGUCCGAUCCCGAGCUAGUACGACCAGACAUCCCCAACGGCUUCAACCGCUGGUGUCUCGAGGUAUUCCUCCAAUCUGCCCCCGGUCUCUCGCUAUCGAACGACUUGCGCCAGAUCGCACCAAAGCCCUACUACGACUACUGGGUCUCACUCCUCCCCCAGGACCAACUCCCCCUUCGCGUUCACACCAUGUACGGCAAGAAAACGUCCACCGACCUCAGUCCACCCGCCAUCACAAAAGAAUACCCCCGCCAACAAGCUUCCUACGAGACCGCCUCCCCAGCCGAUCUAUCUUCCUUCGGCGAAACCGUUUGCGCACCACUAGGCUACAUCGUUGCCGGCCGCUCCGGAGACAAAGCAUCAGACUGCAACUGCGGCUUCUUCGUGCGCCACGACGACGAGUGGGAUUGGCUUCGCUCGUUUAUGACGAUCGAGCGCGUUAAGCAACUUCUUGGGAAAGAUGAGUACCAGGGGAAGCCGAUUGACCGGUUUGAGAUUGCGGGGAUACGGUCGGUGCAUUUUUUGUUGCAUGAUCAUCUUAGGGAUGGGGGGUAUAAUACGUGUUCUUCGUAUGAUACUUUGGGGAAGAAUGCUAUGGAGUAUAUGCGGGCGAAGACUGUGGAUUUGCCGAAGAAGUUUCUGGAGAGGGGUCGUAUUUAG